CCCUCUAUUUUUUGUAUGAGAAACCAAAUGUCUUUGUAUAACAUUAAGAAGACACAGGAAACCUCAAGAACCCUGUCUAUACUCUCAUUCUAUUUGAACCUCUUCCCUGUUUCACCAUCUUUUUUCCAACCUCAAGUCUCGUACCACUCAUUUGCCACACAACAAAACCCUCAGCAGAACGCUUUUACUUGUAAACUCCAAGUUGAUUCCUUUCCUCCAUCACCAUCACCAUCACCUUCACCUUCCAAUUACAAUUACGCUUCACUACUCCAGUCUUGUAUAGCUGCCAAGGCAUUAAGGCCCGGUAAACAGCUUCAUGGUCGAUUGUGUCAACUGGGUAUUGCUUACAAUCAAGAUUUGGCCACUAAAUUUGUAAAUCUUUACAGCGUUUGUAACUCUCUUCGGGAUGCCCAUCAGUUGUUCGACAGAAUUCCCAAAGGGAAUUUGUUUCUGUGGAACGUCUUGAUUCGGGGUUAUGCGUGGAAUGGGCCCCACGAGGCUGCCAUUUCACUCUACCACCAGAUGCUUGAGUAUGGGCUCAAGCCCGAUAAUUUCACUUUCCCAUUUGUUCUCAAAGCAUGCUCAGCACUUUCUGCAAUUGGAGAGGGAAGGGGCAUUCAUGAGUGUGUGAUACGAACUGGUUGGGAGAGGGAUGUGUUUGUAGGUGCAGCUCUUAUUGAUAUGUAUGCCAAGUGUGGUUGUGUGGUGGAUGCCCGUAACGUGUUUAAUAAAAUUGGUGUAAGAGAUGCUGUGUUAUGGAACUCCAUGCUUGCAGCUUUUGCUCAAAAUGGACACCCUGAUGAAUCACUUUCUCUGUGCCGUGAGAUGGCGGCAACAGGCGUAAGACCCACCGAGGCAACCCUUGUGACUGUGAUUUCAUCUUCAGCUGACAUUGCCUGUCUUCCUCAAGGGAGGGAAAUCCAUGGAUUUGGUUGGAGACAUGGAUUUCAAUCCAAUGACAAGGUCAAAACUGCUUUGAUAGAUAUGUAUGCAAAAUGUGGUUCUGUGAAAGUUGCCCGUAUUUUGUUUGAGAGGCUUAGGGAGAAAAGGGUUGUAUCUUGGAAUGCAAUUAUUACUGGUUAUGCAAUGCAUGGUCUUGCUAUUGAAGCUUUGGACUUGUUUGAGAAAAUGAGGAAAGAGGCUCAGCCAGAUCUUAUAACCUUUGUUGGUGUCCUGGCAGCUUGCAGCCGAGGGCGUUUGCUAGAUGAAGGCAGGGCAUUCUAUAACAUAAUGGUGAGGGAUUACUGUAUCAAUCCUACAGUUCAACACUACACGUGCAUGGUUGAUCUCCUUGGUCACUGUGGUCAACUGGAUGAGGCAUAUGAUCUUAUAAGACGUAUGAAUGUACUGCCAGAUUCUGGUGUAUGGGGUGCCCUGCUGAAUUCAUGCAAAAUCCAUGGGAAUGUGGGGUUGGCAGAGGAAGCUUUAGAGAAACUAAUUGAGCUUGAGCCUGAUGAUUCUGGCAAUUAUGUGAUUUUGGCUAACAUGUAUGCUCAAUCAGGUAAGUGGGAAGGAGUUGCAAGGUUGAGGCAGUUAAUGAUAGAUAAAGGAAUAAAGAAAAACAUUGCUUGUAGCUGGAUUGAAGUAAAGAACAAAGUCUAUGCAUUUCUUUCUGGUGAUGUUUCACACCCAAAUUCCGGUGCAAUAUAUGCAGAGUUGAAGAGGUUAGAAGGACUAAUGCUAGAAGCUGGAUAUGUACCAGAUACUGGAUCCGUUUUCCAUGAUGUAGAGGAAGAUGAGAAGACAAAUAUGGUGUGCAGUCACAGUGAAAGACUAGCUAUUGCAUUUGGACUCAUAAGUACAUCACCAGGAACCCGGCUUUUGAUAACAAAGAAUCUCCGAAUUUGUGAGGACUGCCAUGUUGCUAUCAGGUUCAUAUCAAAAAUCACCGAGAGGGAAAUCACUGUGAGAGACGUUAACCGCUAUCAUCAUUUUAAACAUGGAAUGUGUUCAUGUGGUGAUUAUUGGUGAUGAAGACUCGGUCUAGUUAGUUAGGUAAAGUGACAUGCACAACAGUCUCUGUCAUCGAAGUUUUGUCCAAAUGAUCCGAGUCUAUUUAAACAUAAAAUAACGAGUUCAUAUUCAUACCCCA